UGAAGUUAUGCCCGCUUUCCCUGCGAGGUUAAAUGCGUAAUUUUAAAACUAUCAGUGAAGCUCAUCGAGUUUGGAGGCGCAACCCAACGGCCCCCCAGUAACAGUAUAUUUGAGAAAGAGCGCGUGCACCCCUCUCUCUCUCUCUCUCUCUCUCUCUCUCUCUAUCCGCCAUGGCAUCGGCGGAGCAGCCUCUGAAGAAGCGUAAGCUUUACGAAUCCCAACACCAAUCCAAACUGGAACCAGAACCAGGAACAGCGCGGACACCGCCACAAACCCUAGGCCAUGGCCAGAGCGGCGUCAAGGCUCCAUCGCCACAGUCUCACGAAGAAAUUCUCAAGAAACGGAGGAACAGAGAUGAGAUUCGUAGCGUCUACAACUGCUACAAGCGAAUUAAGUUUUGCCUCGCCCAGAAAGAUUCUGCUCUCACGCCUGAACUCGAACAAGUGUAUCUCUCCCUCAUUACUGCUUCUAGAGGUUGUACAAGUGUACAACGUAUUGUGGCUGAUCUCAUUCCUCGGUAUGCGUCAUACUGUCCAACUGCUCUUGAAGCUGCAGCUAAAGUUGUUAUCAAUAUGCAUAAUUGGAGCUUAGCGCUGAUAAACAGAGGAGAGGAUGCUGAUGGGGUUUCUUUUCAGACUGCUAGAUCUUGUAUUCUUGGUCUAUCUGAUAUUUGUUGUGUUGCUUCUUCAGAAGCUCCAACGUCAUCUGUCAUCCAGGGCAUUUGUUCUGUAGUUUUCCAGAAUGUGCUCACCUUCUUCAUAUCUUCCUUUGAGGGGAAGGAUAUAUUUCACAUGUUCAAGAAAGAAAUUGUAAAAAUACGAGAUUCUGCUGAUAAUUAUUUUGAUGAGCUAAAUAAAAAAAUUUCAGAUGAAAAUGAAUCUUCAUUGGUACUACUGUUCAAGCUACGUAUUCUUAGUCUACUCAGGAUUUUCUUUCGUUACCCUAAAAGUUUGCUUGCAGCCUGUUUUGAUCUCUUCAACUCAUCUACGGCAGAGGGAGUUAAGAAAGAAGUUCUGUUUUUCCUAAGUCAGGUGACGAGCAGGCUCGAUCUUGAUUGUCCCCCUCCAGUGCAUAAAACUAGGGAAGAUCAUAAGUCAAAUAGUGGUUCUGCUGAGAUAGGUGCGACCCUUAAUGAGAUUGCAUGUCGGGAGCUAUUCUCAGAUGACAAAAAUGUUUCUGAAGAUGUAUCUCCAGUUUGGAAACGCUGCUUGUUAGGACUGGUUCUUGUCAAAGAUCCAUCACUGCAAAAUUGGAUAUUGUCAAAAUACAAGAAGUUAUGUAAAUCAUCAUCUUUUAAAGCCUCAUCAGAUAUUAGAUAUGCCAUGGAAAGAAUCUUUGAACCAUUUGCAAAAAUAAUGGGAGUAGAAGAGAGUCAAGUAGAUAGUGAUGUGGAUGAUGCUGCUUCGUCCAAAUUUAUCAAUCAGUCAUAUAUGGUUCCUAGGAUCUCAAAUCAGCAUGAAACCUCCAGUGAAUGCUCUGGCACAAAUAGUAAUUUUAGAGCUCAUAGUGGAUCCUCUGAUGAUGUUUUUGCGGAUAAAGGCUCAGGUCAAUAUCUGAAACCUCGCAGCUCUGUACUUCUUCAUGAAACUAAUGUACACUCAGUAUCUGGUAGUCAAGAAAGUGGGGGCUCAAGGCCCAUGGACUUCGGGAUGGGGGAGCAUGGAGAUACAUCCCAUGGCAGGUUGUCUCUGCCCAGGGAAUUAAUGAACCACCAAAUGCUUUCUCCGGUAACGAGAACUCAAUUAGACUUUAGGACUAAUUCAUUUGAUAGCAGAAACCAUAGUGUUAAUAUUGACAAGAGUCAAGUUACAAAUAUGGAUUUUGGCUCACCUGCCAUGACACCGUCUAGUGGAGGUGCAAGCAAUCCUUUUGCAUCUCCCAAACAUCAUUUGGUGGUACCAUACACUUCCACCACAACUCAAAUGCUUUGGUACUUUGAUGGUGAUCCUGCAGCUAUGGAUAUUUUUUCUGCUUCUAAACAGCUUUGGGUGGGAUUUUUAGGACCUGAUGCAUCUGAAGCUCACAUAAGAUUUCAGUUUGAGAGAUUUGGUCCUAUUGAGCUAUAUAUUUUCUUCCCUAUGAAAGGAUUUGCUGUGGUUGAGUAUAGAAAUAUUUUAGAUGCUAUAAAGGCCCGUGAAUAUAUACGUAGGCAUUUCCAUUGGCAUGUAAAGUUCAUGGAUGUAGGAUUUGGGACUAGGGGUGCUAUGAAUGGUGUAGCAGUUGGUUCUAGUUGUCAUGUGUAUAUAGGCAGUAUUUUAAGCCAGUGGGCAAAGGAUGAGAUUCUGCAUGAAUCAAGAAGAGUGCUUUACAAGGGUCAAUACAUGGUUACUGAUCUCAGCAAUGAAGGUGCAUUAUUGAUGGAACUUGAAACUCCUGAAGAUGCUGCUGCUGUAAUGGCACAUCUUAGACAGCAUCGGAAGGAGAGAAGUAAUCAUCAACCACCUUUUAAUGCAGGGACAGCUAAUGUUGCAAUGUCCCACAUAGAUGGUGCAAGAUCAGUGCCCACCCCUACCCAUGUUGAUGUUAGAAGCCACCCUAGCUCGAACAACAAUAUUAGAUCAUCUCAUGCAAAAGUGAUACCAGGGAGCCCUGCAGACAGCUCUAGGGCAAGGACAUCUCAUUUAACUAGCUUACUUUUAUCACUACGCUCAAAAUACAAUAUUAGUCAAAACUCAAGCUAUUUUGACAAUUACCAUGCAUCUACCACGAGGGAAGAAGACAGAAAACCAACAAGCACUCUUUGGAUAAAUAUUUCUAAUACUAGCUCUCCAUGCCUCACAGAUGAUGAGCUAAUGAAUGUUUGCAAGCUUGCCAUUGGCAAUGUGGGAUCCGUUGCUAGGUUGAGGCGUGCAAAUACGCAGGCUGGAUGUGGUUGGUAUGUUGAUUGUAGCAGUGUAGAUGCUGCAAUAAAUCUUUUGAAUAAUCUGCGUAGUUGUCCUGGAAUGUUCUUUCAGAUGGAAUUCAGCCAAUCUGGAAUGCAUCUUGCUACACCAUUCCCAAUUAGAUCUGAGAGCCGUUCAUUGGAGCUUGUAUCCCCUAGGGUAACAUCAGAGAACCAUGGGAAUGCAGCACAAUGUGGCCAUCCAUUUCAGUCUAACAGACCUAUUUCUGGCUGUGUCAAGAUGCCUGAAGUUGGUACCAGAAAGAUUGAUGGUUGUGACAACAAAUUAGCAGUUGAUACUUCACAUGGAGGUAGUGUUGUUUCUGGUGCCAUGGAACAAAAGUGGAUGUAUACAAAACCGGAAAUGGAGCUGCAUUCUGCACCAGGGAACAUUCCAUGUGUUCACAUAGCAGCACAAGCACCUCCUUUUCCACCUCCACCACAAAUUCAGCCAGCACCUCCUGUUCCGCCUCCUCCACAAAUUCAGCCAUCAUCAUUUGUACGACCUCCUUACCUCCCUCCAAACAGUUCUUGGGAUCCACGGGGUUUGCACCCUUUAAACCCAAUCUCACCUGGUGCAGUGCCUAAUAAUUUCCAUGGUAAUGCUGUUGCAGCUCCUUUUCUUCCUGCUUCUGUGACUCCACUUGCACAGAUACAGGGAACUCCUCUGCAACAUUUUGACCAAAUGUUUCCUCUCCCCAUAGUACCACCACCAUUGUCAUGUCCACCACUUCCUCCACCUGAAAUGCCACCUCCUUUGCCUCCAUCUCCACCACCUUUGCCUCAAUCCCAGCCACCCUUCGUUCCUCCUCCACCUACUUCUCCACCUCCACCUCCACCUCAGUCCAUGGCGGAAUUGUCUGAAGUGGGAAAAUCUGGACAAUAUCAGCAGCAUCAGUGGCAGGGCACAUUAUGUAAAAGUGGGGUUCAUUACUGCACGAUUUAUGCACAUAGAGUGGAUUCAGAUAUUUGCAAUUACUCUAAUGCCAUUUCUGAACCUACAGAAUGGCCCACCAAAUUAGACAUGACCAAACGAACAGAUUUUCAGCAUGUGAAGUCAACGUUUACUAAUACUCCACCUCAUAAAAGGGAGGUAUGCAGACUUGUUCCAUCUUCUGCAAGCGACCAUAGAGGCUUUCAGGAUUUCAUAUCGUACUUGAAGCAGAGGGAAUGUGCGGGAGUAAUUAAGAUCCAAGCUGCGAAAUCCAUAUGGGCUAGGCUGCUCUUCAUUCUUCCAUACUCGCAUGAAAUGUGUUCCAUGCUCUCUAUUGCACCCUGUCCAUCAGAUUGUCUCAUUGGACUGGUUUUACCAAAAGAAACAAAUUGUGAAUGGGUAAAAAAUACAAGCACAAGCAUGCACGGUAAGCAAGGCGGAAACAAGGGUUUCCCCAAAACCCAAAGGGUGUUCGUCCCCAGAGGGCAAAACCACGAACAAACUCGAAAUCCAACAACAACGUCUAAAGGCCCAGACUCAACUCCCACGCUUUCUAAUUCUCUCAGGCAAUCAUCGCUUUCGAAGCAAUCUGAUGCCGGAGCUUCCGCCAUCAGAGUCAGGAAGGGGGAGAACGCAGACUGGGUGUCCAACAGAGCGCCCGGUGGCAGUUUCGUAAAUUAUUUGCCGCAGGAUGAGGCUGUUGCAGCUGGUCUGGGCGCUGAUGAAGGUGGAUUGGAUCCGGUGGAGUCUCAGAGGGUUGUUGAUCUUUUGAACAGAGAGCUUUCUCGGUUGCUUAAGUUGAAACCUAGAGAGUUCUGGAGGCAAGUGGCUAGUGAUUCUUCCUUGCAUGAAUUCCUGGAUAGCUUCUUAAAAUUUAGGAGCAGAUGGUAUGAUUUCCCUCAUCAUGGAGCUAAGGGAACGGUUGCUGGGGUUAUUGUUGGAGAGUUCGAAUUAAGCCGUCGAGUUUUUAUGGUUUUGUAUCGCAUAUCUUCCAACAGGGAUCCUGGUACUCGUCCUGCUGAUAGCCUCAGUCCAAAAGACCAUGAAGUUCUUCUGCAGGAAAAAAAGUUGCUCGACUUGCCUAAGUUGUUAGAUAUAUGUGCUAUAUAUGGUCAUGAAAACGAAGAUUUGACCAGAAUCUUGGUAGGAAAUGCGUUCAAAGCCCAGCCUAGGAUGCAUAACGAUUUGACUUCAGUCAUGUCACAUUUCCUGAAUAUUAUCCGCACAAUGCAUCAAAGAUGCAGCUCAUCAAUUGAGGCACUUUCCUCCUCUGCAAGUCAUGGAGACCAUGAAUCCAGCCAUCUUUGUGCUGAUAUGCUGGAGGUGAUGGACUUCAUAAAUGAUGCAAUUGUAUCCAUGGAUGCACUUGUAAGUGCGUAUAAACCAGCAACUUUGUUCUUCUCAUCUCCCGUUGAAAUCAGUUAUGGGAAUGAGGAACUAAUUGGCACUCUUGUGAAGUUGCAUGAUUCUUUGCUUCCUUCUUUGAAGCGGGGGUUCCAGAUGAUUUUAACAUCUGGAGAAGAUGGAAUGGCGUCAAAUAUUGGUGUUAGUUUGAAGAUGCUAUCAAUGAGAAUAAGCAUUUUUGGUUGGAAAUUAUUGGAAUGCUAUCUAACCGAUGAGGUGUCGAAAGACAACCUCCCCAUUCCCGCUGCCGCAAAAAUGUUUCCAGCCAAUGUGGAGGAUCCUGCUAUAAGAGCAGAUAUUUUGGUCCAAAUAUUUAGAGAGAUCAGUGAAGUUUCAUUGCAUAAAGAGGAGAACCAGAAUUGGGAAACAUUUCUUCAGAAAGUUGAAAAGAACUUUAAUAUAAUGAGAAAAAUAGAGAAUUUACGGAAUACUGGAUGGAUAUUCAUGGAUGAUGAGCAACUUAAGUAUCUAUCUGUUAUUUUCACGGGGUCUAAGAAAAUCACUAACAAUGAGUCCCGGAAUGUCGCAAUACCUGUUACAAACGACAAAGUAAAAAUGGAUGAAGAUGCUGCUAUUAUGGAAUCCAAAAUAAGUCAAAUAAAGGACUUAUUCCCUGAUUAUGGCCGGGGAUUUCUCCUCGCCUGUCUUGAAGCUUACAACCAGAAUCCAGAAGAGGUGAUUCAGAGGAUUCUCGAUGGAACUCUUCACGAAGAUCUGAAGAGCUUGGACACUUCAUUAGAGACAAUGUCUGUUCCUAAGACUACUAUGACCAUUAGCAAGAAUGAUAAAGGGAAAGCAAAACUAAUUGAACCUGAAACUUUACCCGCCAACAAUUUAGUGCCUACAAGAAGUAUGCAACCAAAUGAAGGCCCUUCAAUUUCAUCCUCAUAUUCAGUGGGGAGAUUUGUUAGGAAGUCUAAAGCUGACACAAAUUCUGAUUCCAUCGAUAUGAGAGAUGAGAAAGAUUUAGCAGUCAAUGCUGCUCUUAUGUCGCAGUAUGAAUACGAGGAUGAGUAUGAUGAUUCUUUCGAUGAUCUUGGUCUCAGUGUAGCUGAGUCUGGAUUUGAAGAAAAUGAAAUUUUGAGUGACAAAAUGAGCUCAAAUGCUGGGAAACCUUGGGAAAAAGAAUCGGACACUUCUCAAAUACCUCCUAGUUCAAAAUGGGGCUCAAGAAAGAAACCCCAAUAUUAUGUCAAGGACGGUAAGAAUUACAGUUACAAAGUUGAAGGUGCAGUUGCUGUUGCAAAUGCUGGUGAAGCAUCAAUAGUUACUCAGGCUCAGCAAGAAUUGAUUUAUGGCCUUGGGCGUGGUGGGAACCUUCCUCUUGGAGCAGUUAAGAAGUUGACAGAGGCUUCAGAGCAGCAAGACGACAAGCAGCCUGAUUUUUCUGAGACUUUAGUGAGAGGGUUUGGGAAUCCCAGGGGCAGGGCAAGGAGAGGAGGUGGACGACAUAGGGAACCACUCAGUGUGGAGCAAGAUAAGCAGUCCGGUGUUUCUGAGGUUGAAGGCAGCGAGAAUUUGGGGAAUCACAGGGGAAGGGGAAGAAGAGGAGGGGGAGGGGGUAGAAAUAAUCAUUACAGGAAGGACCGUUCUAUGAAUAAGCACUUUUCUGGAUUGAGUGGUUAUUAAGUUCAAUAGUUGUAAUGCUGCAAAUAUGGGUUCAACUGGAGCCGAGCUUUUUGACAAAAUUUUGUAAAUUUACAAGCAUUUACAAAUAUUUAUCAAUUAAAUUCCAUAAUUGUAAUUUUUUAUUUUUUUAAAUCUAAAGGGGUUAGGUGUUUCGGACACAUCUGAAGCCAACCCACUUGACAAUUUGACAACUGUUUUUAUGAAUAAAAAAAUGUUGUAUCUUUAAUCGCGAGACA